AUGGAAGGAAUUUUGAGUAGUUUUCAAACCGACUACAAAAAAGUUGAAAAUAAACAACUUGAACUUGUUCCGAAAGCCGUGGAAAAAAUUGAUAAGUUGACCCAGACUCUGUACGAAACCUUGCAUCAGCUAAGAUCAGAUCCUGAGAAUGUAAAUGAGAAUUUGCAGAAUCUUUCACGAUCUCUCGAAAAUUUUGCGUCACAAGCUUCAGAAGAACAUAAAGAAUUCCAAAAAGUAGUAUCAAAAUAUGAAAAAAUAGUGGAUAGGAAAUGGAAACAAGACAUAACUAUUGCCAGCAAUCCGGAAGCUUUUGUCAAUAAGGACGCUGUUCUCCAAAGGACAGUCGCUUUACAUUUUAUACGUCACGGAAAGUUUAUGUUAGGAAAUACCUUUAUACAAGAAACCGGAUUGGACCUUCCCAAUUCUCUACAAAUGCAAUUUGUUCAAAUGUAUCAAAUAUUAGACGCCAUAAAUAAUCAAAAUUUGGAGCCAGCUCUAUCAUGGGCGAGGUCACAACGUGACGCAUUAGAACGUCGGGGAAGCUCCUUGGAAUUUCAACUUCACCGCCUUCACUAUAUCAAGUAUCUUGUCGAACAACGCCGUGAUGAAGCUUUAAUGUAUGCCAAAUCGAAUUUUAGUUACUUUAGAGCGAGACACUUAAACGAAAUACAUCGUUUGAUGGGGGCACUCGUUUAUAUUUAUAAAUUGUCGUCGUCGCCUUAUGUUGAUCUUCUAUCCGAGCACGUGUGGACGGAUAUACAACUCGCAUUCACACGCGAUUUCUGCAACCUAUUGGGAAUGUCAUGCGAUAGCCCUUUAUAUAUAAGUGUAACCGUUGGCGCCACCGCUCUGCCUACAAUCAUAAAAAUGGCAACAAUUAUGAAAGAAAAGAAGAACGAAUGGAGUCAACAAGAUGAAUUGCCGGUAGAAGUUCCUCUCUCUGACGAAAUGCGAUAUCACUCUAUUUUCGCGUGUCCCGUAUCAAAGGAACAAUCAACUGAAGAUAAUCCACCCAUGAUGAUGCCCUGUGGUCAUGUAAUAUGUAAAGAGAGCCUAAACAAGCUGAGUAGUAAAGGAAACGGACGUUUCAAAUGCCCUUAUUGUCCGAAUGAGUCAAUGAUAAACCAGGCAGUGAGGGUAUAUUUCUGA